AUGGGGGCUGAAACGGUAGCUAGAUUUUGCAUGCUGGCUAUCCUAGCAACAGGUCUUUCAGACCAGCUUCCAGUACUGUGCCGGCGACAAAACAACAGUAAAGCUUCCGGUCCGCUGAGCUUUAGCAACGAUGGCACUUUCAAAGUAUCCAUCUUCGAAGAUCUCCACUUUGGGGAAAAUGCCUGGGAGGCAUGGGGACCUGCAGCAGACAUCAAGACUGUUGGAGUUAUCAACAAAGUGCUUGAUGAUGCUAAACCCGACUUGGUGGUCUUGAACGGCGACCUCAUUACUGGCGAAAACGCGUUUUUGGAGAAUGCCACAUUCGUCCUCGAUCAGCUUGUCAAACCAAUGGUUGACCGCAGCCUCCCAUGGGCCAGCACCUAUGGCAACCACGACUAUCAACUCAACGUAACAGGAAGCGACAUCCUUGCGAGAGAGAAGCAGUGGCCCAAUGCUCGCACACAAAAAAUGGUUUCCGACACUAACUCUGGUGUCUCCAACUAUUAUCUCCCUGUCUAUCCCUCCGAUUGCACGCAGGAUGAUUGUAAACCGGAGGUUAUUCUCUGGUUCUUCGACAGCAGGGGUGGCUUCCAAUACAUGCAGACCAAUUCCGACGACUCGAAGGUGUUGAUCGGACAGCAAAACUGGGUCGACGAAAGCGUAGUCAGCUGGUUCAAGUCGACGAACUCCGAUCUUAACAAGAAGCAUAGCAAGAAUAUUCCUGGCGUUGCCUUCGUACAUAUCCCGCCCAAAGCCUCGGGGGCCAUUCAAGCGCAAGGGAUCGACCCUGAGAAAAAUCCUGGCAUUAACGAUGAUACUCCGCUGUCUCAUCAAGCUCAAGGAUGGUGCAAAGACGGCAGCCAAAAAGACAAUUGCAACUACGGUGGUCAAGACGUCGCGUUCAUGAAGGCCAUCUCUGACAGUCCGGGGAUGAUUGGCGUCUUCAGUGGCCACGACCACGGCAACAGUUGGUGUACUAAGUGGAAAGGCACAGUGGGCGACAUGACGGUGGAUGGAAAUGGUGUGAACUUGUGCUUCGGCCAGCGCACUGGCUACGGCGGAUACGGCAAUUGGAUUCGAGGUUCGAGGCAGCUUCUUCUGACGCGAGACAAGUUGUCUAAAGGGGAGCUCGUCACUUCCAUUCGGUUGGAAUCCGGGAACAUUGUUGGUUCGGUUACUUUGAACUCCACCUACGGCGAAGACCAGUAUCCUGUUACCCCUAAUGACAAGACUUGA